AUGGCUGAUCGUUCUUCGAGUUCUCGCCCGCCUGUUGGUCGGUCAAUUGACCCUCGCAUCCGCAAGACCUACCUGAAAUGUUCGCCCGACGCAGCUGGUCAGAGGCGCACGCUGACGCGGCCGCGCAGCACUGCCCCUCCGCGGCGCGCUUCUGUGUCCAGCUCGAGGCCUGAUGUUCCUGUGGUGCUAGCUGUCCCCCCUUCUGUCGCCCGUGUUGCCGCUCCUUCCAGUUACGCUGGUCCUGCUGCCACGACUGCGCUGACCGUGCUGGCGUCACUCACCACCACCACGACCACGACUACCACCUGUUCGUCGCCGCUGUCUGCUUCGCGGGUCACGGCGGCGCUCUUGCCCAUGUCUGAAGAGCUGUGGACUCUGACGGCGGGCAACCUGUCUGACUCUGACUCUUCGCAGCACUCAGGGCAGCGGACCCCCAGCUCUGCAGGCCGCUCUUCGCCCUCCGGCUCGCAGCACAGUCAGGCUGAUGUGCUGCUGUCGCAGGCUAUUGGCCCUCUUCAUCGCCCCGCUGCGGUGCCGCCCCCUGCUGCGGCCUCUCCUCCGCCUGCGGCGCUGAGCUAUUCGCCUGGUCCUGUGCUGCCCCAGGGGUUCCUCGCGGGCAUUCCGCGAGCUGAGCACGCCGUGGUGGACGUGUCUGACUUCGGCCUCACCCCGCCUGCUGCGCCCAUUGUCACGCUGGCUGCUCCAGUGCCUCGUCCUGAGCCUUCUGCGUCGCCGGCAGCUUCCGCGGCUAGUGCUGCUCCUUCAGUGGUGCUCAGCUCUACUCCCGCCUCUGAGGCCGACUCGGACGCCGGACGCGUCCGUCUGGGCAAGCGGCGCACGGAGCCCGCCCCUGCCAAAUUUUCCUGGGCUGAGGACCCCAUUGUCGAGUCGCUGCCUCUCGCCGCGGCUGCUGCGCCGCCGUCCAGCCCGCCUAGUGACCCGCCUCCGAAGAUGCAGCGCGGCAAGGUCGGUCCCCGGCACCACGCCAAGAAUUCCGGUCGCAGUGCCUCGCCGCCCCUCAUGGCGCCGCCUCCUCCUGUGUCGGACCGUGCCACGCCGUCUUCUGCACCUGCCGCUGGUGGGGCCGGCCGCAGUUCGAGUCGCUCGUCUUCUCGCUCCUCUUCCGUUCGCGGCCGCCGUCACCAGUCUUCGCCCCGUGGUCGUGGGCCCCUGCACUCCUCCCAGGAGGCUGGCCCCUCGACUCGAGCGCCUGCGCCGCUCUCGUCUGCGCCCAUGCCGGACUCUGCUGCUCCUGGGUCCCGGCAGUCAGCCAAGUCCAAGAAGCCGCCUUUGAUUGUGUGCCGUGGUGGGCUCUCCCCGUCUGCGCUCAAGGACAUGGCGUCGUUGCGCGCGCAGUUCACCGCUGACUUCAAGGCGACGCAUUACGCGGGUUCCUCGACGUUCCAAAUGGCGAACAAGGAUGAUCACUUCCGCAUGUGCCAACACUUGCGUGCUCUGGGCAAGCGCUUUCACACCUGGACUUGCGCCGAAGAUCGCAAUGCCCGUGUCAUCCUCCGUCGGCUGCACAUUGAUACGCCCACCGAGGAUAUUUCGGACGCUUUGAAUGAGCGCGACAUCCCGCACCACUCGGUGGUCCGCCUGCAGUCGCGCCAGGAAUUUCCUGAGCCACUGCCUCUGUUCCUGGUUGUGCUGCAGGGCAUGGGCCCGCUCCACAAGGCCCUCCAACUUACCAACCUGUGUGGAGUCGGCGUCACUGUGGAACCGUUCCGUGGGGGUGGUCGCCUCGUACAAUGUUUUCGGUGCCAGCACUUUGGCCACACAACCCACGGCUGUGAUGAGGCCCUGCGCUGCGUGCGCUGCGGUGACGCACAUGCUUCCCGGGACUGUCAGCGCCCUGCUUCCGAGCCCGCGACGUGCUGCAACUGUGGCGGAGACCAUCCGGCCAACUACUCCAAAUGCCCUCACCGCCUCCGCAAGCUGGCGUCUCUGGAACAGCGGAAGGAACAGCAGCAGGCCCGCCGUCCCGCGCAGGCGCCUCCCCCCUCUACCUUUAGUGGUGGCCGUCGUGUCGCGGGCACCUCUUUCGCUGCGGCUGUCUCGGGGCCCCCGCCUACUUCUUCUGCCCACCGGCCCACUCCUGCGGAGGAUCCGCCUACUGCUGACGUCCUGCGGGAGCUGCUCGACAUGCUCCGCAGCUUGGAUGUCUGCUCUUGGCUCCGCAAGCUCGCCGCUCACGUCCGCUCCUUUCUCCAGGCGCCCACCUUGUCUGCGAAGUUUGAGGUCUUGCUGCUGGCGUCCGCCGAUCUGCUUGCUGCGUCGUCUGGUGCUGCCGCUCCUCCCGCUGCUUCUGCUCGCCGAUGA